UGGCGGCGCCCGGCGGCCGCGGGGGCCCGGGCUGGGGGGUCCCGGUCCCGCCCAGGGCCGUCCCGGCCCCGGCCCUCUGAGCGCUCCCGCUCACGGCCCUCUGACGGGUCUCCGCCCCGACCCUGUGAGGGGCGGCCGCCGCGUCUGCCGCGGGCCCCGGGCCGGGCUCGGGCCCGGUGGGGCGGGGGGCCAUGGCCACCCGGCGUCUCACGGACGCGUUCUUGUUGUUGCGGAACAACGCGGUGCAGAGCCGGCAGCUGCUGGCCGAGCAAGUGAGUAGUUUCGGCUCCUCCAGCCCUCUGAAUUCACGUAGCAUGGCUGCUGCGGAGCUGGAUGAGCUGGCUGAUGACCGCAUGGCCCUGGUGUCAGGGAUCAGCCUGGACCCCGAGGCCGCCAUCGGCGUCACCAAGCGCCUGCCCCCCAAGUGGGUGGAUGGGGCAGACGAGAUUCAGUAUGAUAUUGCCAGGGUUAAACAGAAAAUGAAAGAAUUAGCCAGUCUUCAUGAUAAACAUCUAAACAGACCCACACUGGAUGACAGCAGUGAAGAGGAACGGGCAAUAGAAAUCACAACCCAGGAGAUCACACAGUUAUUCCACAGGUGUCAGAGAGCAGUGCAGGUGCUGCAGAGCAGGUCACGAACUUGCACAGAGCAGGAAGCACGUGUUCUCAGGAAUGUGGUGUCUUCCUUAGCACAGGCCCUGCAGGACCUCUCCACCAACUUUAGGCAUGCACAGUCUGACUAUCUCAAACGUAUGAAGAAUAGAGAAGAAAGGUCCAAACACUUCUUUGACACCUCAGUCCCACUGAUGGAUGAUGGGGAGGAUGAUACACUUUAUGAUAGAGGUUUUACAGAUGACCAGCUGGCAUUGGUGGAGCAAAACACCCUGAUGGUGGAAGAGAGGGAGCGAGAAAUCCGUCAGAUUGUGCAGUCAAUCUCUGAUCUCAACGAGAUAUUUAGGGACCUGGGAGCAAUGAUAGUAGAACAGGGAACAGUUCUAGAUAGAAUUGACUAUAAUAUUGAACAGUCAUGUAUGAAAACUGAAGAGGGUCUAAAACAACUGCAUAAGGCAGAGCAAUAUCAAAAGAAGAAUCGGAAGAUGCUCGUUAUUUUAAUUUUGUUUGUUAUAGUAAUUGUCCUUAUUGUUGUUCUUAUUGGUGUAAAGUCACACUAGGUUUCGCUUCAUUUUCUCAUUUUUGGAGUUUCUGUGAACUUUUUUCCCAAUGUGAAUGGAUGGACCUGCACUCCAGAAAGCUGCCUUUGAAUGUACGAGCCCUUGUGGUGCAACGUCUGUGCAAUGUUUCUGUAGAAUUCUUCAAAGUACAAGUUUGGUGGUCUGUGAGGUGUUUGUAAGGAUUAUAUGGAAAAUGUCAGGAAAUUUGAUGCUCCCACACAAAAAAAUUCGGUGCUCUAUGCAGAGGUAUUUUGAAACACAGUACUUAAGAAUAAUUAAAAAUUGAAGUUUACCAGUGACUACAGUAAUUAGUGUGUUACUGUGAACAAAAAUGUGUUGUCUUCUAUAUUCUUAUGUCAUAAUUGUUACAGACUUCAAAUUUAAACCAUGUUACUGAUUCCAUGGGACUGGAUGUCAAAAAUUGAUCUUAAUGUAAAAUUGGUUGAGACACGAAAUUGUUUGAUUGAAUGCCCAUUCUUCCAGACUCAAAAACUCCAAAGAACUGGAUAGGCAGCUAAAAAGGAAAGCUUUUAGCAAUCAGAACAUAAUCCAACCCCUGUGAUCUUAAUUUAGAUACUGCACCAUUACUAAGAAUCAGUGGUACUUGAUCUUGUAAAUAACAAGAUGUAAUCACUGGCAUAAUUUAACAUGUUUAGUUAAUUAAAAAAUUUUCUGAGCUUGAGUAAUCAUGGGAAUGAUUUUCUUUCAUUGGGAUGAUCAUAUAUUUUUUUCAUGCAUUAUUUUUUUAGUUAAAGUAGAGAUAUUACAUUAAAGCAGGGAAGUUAAGCUGAAAAAAUGGAGUAGAAACCCAAAAAGAAAAUCUCUCUGGCCUGCUGCAGUGGGUCUUGGAUGUUUCAAACUGUAGCUGCUGUACAAAUUGUUUAUUUUACAAUGCAUUUGUCCAUAUGGGUUAUGUUUUUUGUAUAAGGAGUGGCUUCACUACAGUAGAUAUUACAUCCAUUUUCCCUGACAGAAAAUUCUCUUUCAGAUGUCUUCCUGGGAGAGGACAUGUUUGUGGUCCUUUACUGACCAUGAGAGGUGUCAUGCAAGUGGCAUGUUACAAGGCCUUCAGUGGAGAAUUUGGGGUUUUCACUGCUUUUUUCAGUGGAGAACUUUGCUGCAGGCCGUACAACAGAAGUUAAGGCACCAUAUAAGUAAUAGAAUACUCUUAAUUUAAUUCAGGCCUGAAGUGAUGUGCAAUUGUAGAGGCCUUGUCUUAAUAUUUUUAAUAUUGCUUUUUAUAUGUUUGGUUGGUUUUUUUUAUUUCCCCCAAGGGACUGUAACUUCCUUCAUUUUCUGACUGAUACAAGUGCUCCCCACAGACCUGCUGAGCUGCUCUGCUCCAAGCCCCAGAAGUGCAGCUUCACAACACUAUGUGACACUGAAGCUGCAUCUCUUGCCUGCCCUGAGUUUCUUUACUCUGUGCUAAAGAGGACUUGAGACAUGGCUUUAAACUGACCAUUUUCAGGGAUGGACCUGAAAGCAAGGACUGCAAAAAUAUGAAAGCCUUGGCUUUUUGUGGGGCUAAUGAAAAGCUUUGUACCACUCUUGUUACCUCUAGAGAAAGGGGAUGUUGAACCACCAAAGCUGCCAGUUCAAACUCUUCAUGGAUUUCAUGAAGUAAAUUGGUGAAAGGAAGAAUGAGGCUUGUGUUGGGUGUGCAGCUCCCCUGUUCUGGUGAUAGAUCUUGCAAUGAUUGUGAGUAAAACUACUGUCUCCCUCGUGCUGGCUGCAUCACUUGGUGUGAAGCAGCAAAUGGCUAUAAUUUAAUAUACUGUAUUUGCAACUUUCUCUCUAACAUGAGAUCGUGUUAUUUAUUUCUGUCUUGACCGGUGCUUUUGACAUUUUAUCAUGGCAGAUGGUUUCAAAGAAGUAAUAAAACACUUCCAACCUAAUUGGGCAAUUAUUCUUUUUUUUUAUUUAAAUUAUAAACUGAAACAUACUUUUGUGAUGUUAACAUGUUUCUGUUCUUCAUAAUAAAGGAAAGUGGCAGUGA